AUCGACGUCAUAAUGACGUUUACUAAACCUCCAAUUAAGUACGUGUACUAUAGGACGUUGUUUGGCGUAUUUUUAUGGUUAUAUUUUUAGAAUCAUAUAUAUUUUCAUAUACUCAGUCACUGAGCAUAAAAUGCUUGCUUUAAAAUUAGUUUCUUCUUCAAGUCUAUGUUGCAUCUCAAAGGUUUGACCACCCUAUCUCAAAAUGUGUCAACUGCUUAACACAAAGCUAAAUAAGACGUUUGUUCGAGGAAAGCCAAAUAUUUAAGCAAUCAUUUAUAACGUAUUUAAUAUGGAGUAUCAGUCAUGCUCUGGUGUGUGUAUGAGCAUGUCAUUCUUUCAAAGACUGGUUUUCACUACUACAUUGGUCUUGCUACUGAGUUCAGUGACGUCUGAGGAACCUACAACGAAAAUUUUGAAACGAAAUGUUUUUCUGAGGAGGCAGAAAAGGUAUUUGACGUUUCCUCCAGGCAGUAACUUUGUUAUCACCCUCUCUGCAGUAAAAUCUUUACUGAGGGUACAGCCAACAGGAUGGAAUAUUUUAGAAGAGGUAGAUGUCCCAUUUGCCCUGCCUAGCGACACGAUGCUUUUCAAACGGAUAGGAAGGAGAGACAGAGAAAGGCGAGAAAUUCACGAUCAAAUUGGACAAACACUGGAUAAGUUUGGAUUCAAUGGUACAGCUUGUGUUAAUAGAAUGAUCUGCGAAUCACAAAAAUUCAUCCCAUUGCGAGGAAGCUCGUUGGUGAAGUAUAUUCUGUCGGCAGUUUUCAGGCAUACUGAAGAGUCGUUCGACCCCAAACCGAACUGUGACGAUCACAUCUUCGAAGACUGCUCAGUUUCGAUUCUAAGUUACUUAAUGGGAAGUUUGCAAACUGAUUCUACUUGAAAAUAAAACCCAGGAUAUUCAUGUUUAAAUUUUUUAUUACAAUAAAAUCUCAACAUAAAUAGAUACAAAAAGUUAUAACAGUACGCUUCAUCAUAUACGACAGAAAUGUCUUAUUUUAUGACACAAAAGUUUAAAUCAGUUGCAAAAGUGCAGAAUUCUGGA